CACGAACGACUCAAGUCUGCAGACGCAGUGACACGAUAUGCGGGGAAGGAAGGAAGGAAGCGGGGACACGCUCUUUAAGUCCACACACAAAAGUUCACGGAGAUCAAUAAUUACUCAUCAGCACUACUGAAAACCUCAUCCUCCGGCGCCAAGUCUCUCUCUGGGACCAUCGUAAGCUCCUCCACUGUGCCUGUGCUCGGCCGAAAGUCUAACCUGAGACCGGAUAGAGAUGAAGACUCUGCAGAUCAUUGGAGGCUCACCGGUGGUGGUGGUGGUGGUGCUGCUGCUUGCAGGGGUUUGCACUGACGCGUACAAGCCUGUGGUCAUCGUGCAUGGCAUUUUUGAUGGACCACCACAAUUAAAAAAUCUGUCUCUGUACAUAACGAAGACACAUCCAGGCACUGAGGUGUCAGUGAUUGACUUGUACAACAACAAGGCCAGUCUGAUGCCACUGUGGAAGCAGGUCCAAGGCUUCAGGAAUGCCAUCAGCCCCAUCAUGCAAAAGGCUCCCGAUGGCAUCCAUCUUCUGUGCUUCUCACAAGGUGGUCUAAUUUGUCGAGCACUUCUCUCCACAAUUCCAGACCACAACGUGCACACCUUCAUUUCGCUGUCAUCCCCACUAGCUGGGCAAUAUGGAGACACAGAAUACCUGAAGUGUGUAUUUCCUGAUUGCCUUAAGAAGACAGUGUAUAAACUUUGCUACAACACAUUAGGACAGAAAGUGUCCAUUUGCGAAUACUGGAAUGACCCUCACCAUAGGUCCCUGUAUCUGGAGAAGAACAACUUUCUGCCAAAGCUUAAUGGUGAGACACCUCACAGGGAUAUAAAAGCAUGGAGGGGAAAUUUUCUACGCAUUAAGAAGCUUGUGCUGAUUGGAGGACCAGAUGAUGGAGUCAUCACGCCAUGGCAGUCCAGCCACUUUGGAUUCUACGACAACAACGAAAAUGUUGUAGAAAUGAGGAACCAGCAGUUUUACAGGAAUGAUACGUUUGGGCUGAAGACACUGGACAGUCGUGGGGACGUGUCGACGUGUAUUCAGUCUGGAGUGAAGCACGUUCAUUGGCACUCCAACCAUACGGUGUUCAUGAGCUGCAUGGAGAAAUGGCUCACAUGAAAACAGCUCACCUACAGAGUGUGUGAUAUGUGUAAUGUAUUAGUGAAGUGAAAUAGACUACAUGAUGAGCACUGGUUACGCAUACAGACACUCUAAUGUUUUUGAAUACUCUAUAAGCAUCUAUAGUUUUUCCUUUGCCUCUCCUUCACCUUAUGGAGACAGGUUUCCUUGUGAGAUUACAAUGGAUUCUUUCCUUACUCCAGUACGUUCAACUACCCAGUUUUUAAAUUAACAGUUACCAUAGUAUAGUAUAUUUGACAAAUUAGCUAAGGUUCAAUCAGCAUGAAUAUUUUUUCAAUGAUCAGUUUUGUGUUCAGAUGUGUGUAUUUGAAACAGCUCUUAAAUCUGGUGCAUGUCUGUAUAUGUUUGAUUUCUUAUGAAUAAAAGAAAAAAAAGUCUUUCAACCAAAA